AUGGACUUGAUAUUAGAGGAAGAAGAACGUAUGUAUUCUGCAAUUCAAGAAGUUUAUGGAGUUAAUACUAAUAGAGAGAUGCAAAGGACAGAUCGAGGAGGAGGUUGGCGUCGGGUGCAACGAUUUAUGUAUGAGUCUGAGAAACAGUGUUUUGAUAUCCUCCGUAUGAAUCAAGAAUCAUGCCAUGUCUAUCUUGAAGAGAGUGUAGCGAUGUUUAUUGAAAUGGUGGCACAAGAUCUUGCAGCAGAUAUAGUGAAGCCAUCCAAAGGUGAGUUUGCAAAACCUAGUCCUAAACUAGUUAAAGAUGGUAGGUAUUGGCCUUUUUUUGAAAACUGCAUUGGUGUUUUGGAUGGAACCCAUAUAUUUGUUCGCCCUCCAUCUAAUAGUGCAGAAGCAUAUAGAGGUAGAAAAUCAGAACCAACAAUAAAUGUUCUAGCGAUAUGUAACUUCAGCAUGAGAUUUAUAUUUGCUUAUGUUGGAGUUCCUGGUAGAGCACAUGACACCAAGGUGUUAACACAUUGUGCUACUCAUGAACCUUCCUUCCCUCAUCCACCAAAUGGCAAGUAUUAUCUAGUAGACUCAGGUUACCCAACUAGAAAUGGUUAUCUAGGGCCUCAUCGUAGAGCUAGGUACCAUCUUGAUCUGUUUGCAAGGGGAGGACCACCUACUAGCACUAGAGAGCUGUUUAACCGUAGACAUGCUAGUUUGCGUUCUAUGAUAGAGAGAACAUUUGGUGUUUGGAAAGCAAAGUGGAGGAUUUUAGAUAGGAAACAUCCUAAGUAUGAUAUGAAAAAAUGGAUAAAGAUUGUGACAGCAACUAUGGCACUUCACAACUUUAUUCGAGAUUCACACUAUGAAGACCGUGAUUUUGUUUAUUGGGAGGUGGUAGAUGAUUAUGAGAAUCAUGGUGACCAAGCUGUAGAAAAUGAAGAAGAAGGUAACAUUGAACAUAUUCCUUACAUUCCAACUGGUGAUAGAGCAAUGGAGGCUCUACGUGAUGUUAUAGACUAUGGUACGACACUCCUUUCAUUGAUUCUUGUGUUUGUUUUGUUUGUUCAUGUAGCGGCUAGGAUUAGAGAGAUAUUGGAGAGGUUUUGGUUGUGA